AUGGCACCACCUAAAUAUGAACUGUACUACAACCCCUUCUCGAUCUGCUCGCUCAUGGUCCUCUACACGCUGCGCCUGAAAGGCGAGCCGAAAUCGCCCGACGACGCGGUCGAGCCCGAGGAACGGUUCAUCAACAUCUACACGGGCGAGCAAAUGACGGAGAGGUACCUGGAGAAACAUCCCAAGGGGACGGUCCCGGCAAUGUUGGCGCCCGAGGCGGGCAUCCAGUUGACCGACAGCACCGAUAUCACGUCGUUCCUCAUGGAUCGGUACCCCUCGCUGCGGCCCAACGCGCACAGGCAAACCAUCGACUCCUUGCUCGCGGAACUGCAUGAGAUCUCGUACGUCACGCUGUCGUUCAAGCCCGAGGAGCGAAGGGUCGAGGGGGUCAUGGAUUCGGUGCGCGGAAUCAUGGACCGACCCGACACGAGCGACAAGUAUCGCAAGAUGCUGCAGGGGAAGUUUGACAACCACGCGGCCUCGCUCAAGAAAUUCGCGGACAACAAGCAAUCCGUUGAGAGUGUCGAGGCCGACUCGGUCGGCUUUUUGGACAAGAUAAGCGAGCAUCUGGCCAAGCAGGGGGGCGGUCAGGCGUCGUGGAUCUUUGGCGACGAUGUCGGUCCCACGGCCUUGGAUGCCCACACCGUGACAUUCAUCGCGAGGUUGCUGGAUGCCAAGCGCGAACAUUUGAUCCCGGCGGAUGUGCUGGCAUAUGGACGGCCGAAGCUGCAGGGUAAGGAAUGGUUGGGCAUCACAAAGGGGAAUCCGACGCUGCAUAGUUUGUACGUCAAGGGGGAGAAGGGCGGAAGCGGACGUUGA